AUGGCCAUCUCUGAGGUCCACGAGGAGAUGCAGUGUUCCGAGCAGCAGCUUAGGUACUGUUCUCGAACUUCUUCGGGGGAGCACCCAACUUAUACACUCCGGUGGGAUUCGCGCCAGCUAUGUCCGAGCAUCGACCGACUUGUGUAUACCUGGCAAGCUGUUGCAAGUCACAAUCCUGUCUUGCGGACUUCGAUAAAGCCUGGCAGGACCGAUGAAGAACCUUAUCUGGUUGUGUUCAGGAGAGCAGCGCCGAUUCGCAUCCAAAAUGGCCAAGAAUUUGCUACAUAUAAUUCUGCUCCGAUGAAAACUGCGGAGUUCACUAUCAUUUUCACCGAAAUGGGCGUUACUUUUCAACUACGCAUCUUUCGUGUAUUGGUGGACCGUCCAUCCCUUGCCCUUAUUAGUCGGGAUUUCGAUCUUUUUUUUCAUGGUUUUGCCUGUGAACCUCACUACCAGUUCAAAUAUUACGCUGAGCACAUCAGCAAACGAGAUCAUCAGAGUGCUUUAUCCUACUGGCGAAAUUUGAUGAAUGGGACGGUCACCUCGCUGUCAUAUGGAUUCCCAACGAACACCUCUGGCAAGAGGAGCACUUUCACGUCGAAUAUACCCGAGCUAUUGGUAAAAGAUAUCUAUCCCUUUUUGGAAUGUCAUUCCCUAUCGCUUCAGGACCUCGUUUAUGCUGUAUGGUCCCUCGUGCAGUAUCGGCAUACUGCUGCUAUUGAUGGCACAGUGGUUUUUGCUGUGAACGGCCGAGACACCAGUGCUCCUGGCUACGACUCAGUUGUUGGGCGUGCGGAGUUAUGCUACCCCCUGAAGCUAGUCAUCGAGGACGAUUUACCGCUGCUGAGCUGGAUUCGACAGGUUGCCAAAAUGAACCAAGAGGCUUCGAGAAAUGCAUUCGUAGGAUACAAUAGGAUCAAAGGCCAAAUUCUUCCUGUCCUACCACAAGUUCAUGUCCUUGUAUCCGAAGGACUAGAUAUCGAUAAGGAGGGAGAUGAUAUUAUUCUAUUCCCAUUAAAAAUAAACAUCGAUCUCCAGCGACAAUUGGUUGAUAUGCAAUACUACUCAGACACAUCAGAACAUCACAAUUUGCAAGUUAUCUUCCUUCAUUUUAUGGCUGUCAUAAAGGAAGCUUUGCAAGAUUGUACCAUCCCUCUCUCAGAUGUUGAAAUCAUGCCCAUCGCGGAAAAGGAAUUCCUAUUACAGUGCAGUGAACCCGUCAGUGCACCUGCUACGGGUCUUAUCCAUGCACUCUUUGAGCGCCAAGUCGAACUGAACCCGCUUAAUGACUGCAUCAACUUUGAGGGCCAGAUGUCCCUUAGUUAUGAGGAAGUUAACAAACUAUCUAAUCAAGUUGCUCGCCAACUUGGUUGUGGACGAGGUGACUACGUACCUGUGUGCAUGGAUCGCUCCCCUGCGCUCAUUAUCUCUCUUCUGGCUAUCCUAAAGACGGGCGCCGCUUAUGUCAUUCUGGACCCCGAAAGCCCAGUCGAACGUAAUUCUUUUAUUGUCUCUGACGUUCAGGCACGAAUUGUUAUCACUGAUGAGGGCUUGGCAGCUAAUUUUGCAUAUCCCUAUCUGAUUGGGGAUCUAAUGGACAAGGCUCCCAACUUGGAUGAUUCCAACUUGAGCGUGACACAAGAGGCGACUGACAUUUGUUAUGUCAUUUAUACCUCCGGUUCAACGGGGAAACCGAAGGGCGUUCUGUUAGAGCAUAGAUCAGCCUACACAGGCUUGACGGCUUUUCCAACUCUUCCAAAUCUUCGACAACUUCUUUUCCACAAUCCAAUUUUCUCUGCCGCACAACGCUCAAUUUUCUCCACGUUAAAGCAAGGAGGAUGUCUGUGUCUGGCCAGGAAAGAAAAUCUGACAGUCCGGAUAACCGAAAUGAUAAAUUCAAUGGCUGUGAGUGUAAUAGAUGUCACACCGUCAACUGCAACUUUGAUUGGCCCAACCUGCGUUCCUACUCUGCGUCGGAUGACUGUUGCAGGCGAGUUGAUCAAUCCAGCUCUGCUACCGGUCUGGAUGAACAAGCUUGAGCUUUUGAAUGCGUAUGGUUUGAGUGAGGUGACGCAAAUCAACUGGCGACAUACCAUGCAUCCUAAACAAAAUCCUCAGAACAUUGGUCGUCCCAUCGACUCCACCCGUUCCUAUGUCCUUGUCCCAGGAACUACGCGGCUGGCCGCGAUUCUUGAACCGGGAGAGUUGUGUCUUGGUGGACAUCAACUUGCAAGAUCCUACCUUAACAGGCCAGAGAAAACGCGGGAGUCUUUCAUGCGAAAUCCAUUUGGUCCCGGUCGCCUGUAUCGUACUGGUGAUAUGGUGGUAACUCACUCUGACGGUAGCAUUGAAAUGAUUGGUCGCAUAGACUUUCAAGUUAAGAUUAACGGCCAGCGUGUUGAACCAGGAGAAGUCAAUUGCUUUAUUCAAGGACACCCUGACGUUUUUGAUGCGUGGACCGUGUCCGCAACCAUGGGAGACAAUAAAUCGCUCGUCGCAGUUGUUGUGCCAAAAGGGAAAAUAGAAUGGUCAUCUCUAGUUCUAGAUUUGCUGAGUCUCCUUCGAGACCGUGUGCCGUCGUACAUGGUUCCUGCAUACUGGUGGAAGCAAACCGAACUGCCUUUGAACGUCAACGGCAAAAUCGAUGUUCCUCUACUUUCUCGCCUCGUAGAGGCGAUUCCACCACAAGAACUACUCAUACACUCGAUUUCCCAGGUCCAGGACACAGACCAACGUCCCCUCACCCGAGUUGAAAGCUCUCUAAGGCGUAUAUGGGCGGACGUUCUACGCCUGCCGGAGAUAAGAAUCAAUUUGGAGGAUUCGUUUUUGAAUCUUGGUGGAUCCUCGCUCUCUGCCAUCAUCGCUGCAUCUCAUGCGAGGCAGGAACUUAUCGAUGUAAAAGCUCACGAUAUUAUAAUUCAAAGAAAUCUUUUUGAUGUAGCGAGCACUUGCAAGCCGAUGCAAAUACCUUCGACACAUGUGAACCCGUUCUCACUUCUUCCCAAAAACUACACCAUUGGCAAAGGUAUCGAAGACGCAUGGCCCGUUACUGCAUCCCAGGAGCCCUUGAUUGCUGAUGUCAUGCUUGGUGGCACCAAUUACAUCUAUGACAGGGUCGUCAGGCUUAAAAAUGCCAAUGUUGGAGAAUUAAAGGUCGCUCUACAAACCCUUAUGGAGAGCGACACGUUCCUUCGGAGUACUUUUGCUCCAUAUGGAAAGACCUACAUUCAAAUCGUUCCAAAUGGGGCAAACCUCUAUUGGCAGGAAUUGGACCUUACUCUGACUGAGUACCUGGAGCAAAAACCACUCCCAAUCGCCAUGGGAUCGCAUUUCUUCAAAAUCACUGUUCUUGCUACUGGGGAGUUGGUGUUCACCAUGCAUCAUGCUCUGUUUGAUUUCUGGUCUAGUCGCUUUAUAUUUGAUGACUUGUCCAAUUUGAUCCGUACACGCCCGCUAGCUAAUCGCCCUCAUUACAAUCAGUUUGUUCGACACCUUGCUCAGCAGAACAAAAAUACAAGUCGAGAGUUCUGGCGCAACUACCUCAAAGAUUCCAGGCCUUCAAAGCUGGGACAUAUGCAAGGGUCAAAUACUACUACCACAUUGGACUUAUCAACUCCAAUUCAUUCAGCUAGCAGAGCCCUUGGUGUGUCAGUCGGCUCGAUGUUAUAUGCGUCGUGGGCGCUUGUCCUUUCUCACAUCCUUGGAAAUGCCGAAGUAAUCUUUGGUAUUACCCUCUUCGGUCGAGAUGUGCCAAUACAAAAUGUUCUGCUCAUGCCAGGGCCGACCGUUAUGCAGGUCCCACUCCGUAUUCAAAUUUCAAUGUCCUCGACAAUCAAUAAAAUUGCCAAAGAUAUUCACCACCAGUUACAGAUUAUAUCAGAUCAUGCUCACUAUGGACUGCGAAACAUCUUACUGGCCGCGGAUCGCCCUUCCAGCUUCUUUGACACUUCUGUCAACUUCUUGGUGAAGCCCCCUUCUUCGGAUGCCGAUGAUACCUUCACAUUUAUUGCUGAGAAGCAACCUGACUUGACUGAGUAUAUCAAAAUUGAGGCACGGGACCCUGACCUUAGCAGCAUUUCCUUAGCAUCAACUCUGAACCCGGUAUUUGCGCAAAACAUCCUUUCCGGAUUUUCCUCCGUUCUCGAUGCAUUUUUCUUUGAUGCACAGACGCUUGUUGGCGAUCUAAAUUUAUCCUCAAUACUGGAUUCCGCUUCUCAAACUACUACACCUGAACCUCAACAGAAUGUUCCCGCAUCUCAAUUUGCACAUUCCAUGUUCGAACGCCGAGUGGCUCAUUCCGGAGAUAGGACUGCUGUAGAGGACGAGCACGGCAAUACUCUAUCCUACACACAGUUAAAUGAGCGGGCGAAUCAAUUGGCCAACUUCCUUCUAUCCAAGGGAAUCCGUCCAGAAGAUGUAGUCCCUAUCUGUUUGGAUAAGUCAAUCAAUAUGGUGGUCGCUAUACUGGCAAUAUUCAAAGCUGGCGCCGCGUUUUGCGCCUUAGAUCCGACAAGUCCGCCAGCGAGGACCAAUUUCAUCGUGAAGAAGGUUGGAGCAAAAAUGGUCCUCAGUGAUCUUGCCAGCUCUAGUUCUGUGAGCCUUUUUGACUGUGUUCUAUUUGUGCUUGACCAGCUGGAUAUUUCCCAUUUUGAUGCCGGAAAUGUCAUCGAUCCAACAAUGUCUCCUGAGAACCUUGCUUAUGUGCUCUUCACGUCUGGGAGUACUGGUGAGCCAAAAGGGGUCCUCGUUACUCACGGCAAUGUCUUCCACGCUACUAGAGGGAUGGUUGAAGCUACUCAAGCAGACGAUUCUUGGAGAUCACUAUGGGCCCUCAACUAUAUCUUCGACGGGUCGUACUUCGAUCUUUUCACAGUACUUGGCGCUGGUGGAACUCUUUGCGUUGUCAGUCAAUCCAAAUUGUUCUCGAAUCUUGCUGGAUUUGUUAAUGCCCUCGAUGUCACCCAUCUUAACUUGACGCCUACUAUCGUCAAGCAACUUCUCAAGCCAUCAGAUGUACCAGGUUUAAAGGUGCUAAUCGUUGGAGGAGAGCCUCUUGUACCAGAGAUUUUGGAGACUUGGGCGACUCGCAUUCCGGUCUAUAAUAAUUAUGGACCCACAGAAGGAACUGUCAUGGUGACAACCGCAGUCAUCGGACCAACCAGCAGCCUAAACAAUAUUGGCUCUGCGCUACCCACCGUGGUUUUGUCAGUCUUCGAGUUUGACUCUCAAACCCCCCUGCCCCGGGAGGAAAUAGGUGAGUUAUGCAUUGGUGGACUCCAGGUAGCCCGGGGUUAUUUAGAUAACCCUAAUGCCACACGUGCGGCCUUUUUUGUUGGAAACGAUGGGACGACAAUAUAUCGUACGGGUGACGCAGCUCGCCAGCUGCCUGACGGACGAUUUGAGUUGUUUGGCCGGAGAGAUAACCAGGUGAAAGUCAAUGGCUACCGUAUUGAGCUUGGAGAAAUUGAAAACGCCAUCCUGAAAACUGGAAUGUUGAAAUCUUGUGUGGUUCUCGCCGCUAAAGUGCGCGACAAGACGCAGCUCGUCGCUGUUGGUCAACUCCACUCGGCCUUCUCUAGUGAUAAUGAUAAUGAAGCUAAUACCGCCCUCUUCUUGCCCCCGUCAGACGCAUAUCCCUUCCAGGAGUUGCAAUCAAGUCUCACUUCUCUUGCACGUUACAUGCUCCCAGCGAUUUGGUUUCCUGUUGCACGUCUUCCUCUUCUGCCGUCGGGGAAAACUAACCGGAAGGAGGUGUUGAAGUUCAUCGAAUCAAUGGAGGAUUCCUUGGUCGCAAGCUACCAAGAUCCUCUCUCUAUCACUAUCAAUAGCGCGUUAGAUUUUCCGGUUCCUGAAACCAGCGAAGAAGAAGUGUUACAACAUGCAUGGAGUUCCAUAUUCAAUUGUAAUGACCCUGUCAGGACUACGUCUAGUUUUUAUUCACUUGGUGGCGACUCCAUUGCCGCUAUCAACCUUGUCAGCGAGUGCCGCAAGCUCGGGUAUGAGUUGUCCGUUGCUGAUAUUUUGGCAUUUCCUUCCAUUAAGGAGCAAGCUCGGAUAAUCAAACCUUUGAAAACGACCAAGGCAGUUCAAUCGACGUCUCUUGAUUUAUUCACAGUCGAAGACGAUAUCUACAAUGCUUUGAAUAAAUCAGGCGUUCGCGAAACCGACAUCGAGGCGAUCUAUCCCUGCGUACCGGGCCAGAUUGAAUUUCUUACGCAAGGCCACACUGAUCACCAGUUCUGGCAACUCCAGACGGUUCGAAAGGUCCCAUCUGACUUUGAUGUUGAGCGAUGGGUGGAACUUGUUGAAAACCUAACCGCCAGAAAUACGAUUUUGCGUUCCAUGUUUGUCAAGAGCCUGAAGCAUAAGGAGCCUCCAAAAUGGGUGCAAGUGGUUUUGAAAGAAGCCGUUCUGGACUUGGAAACAAUAUAUUACCACAGCGCCGAAGAACGAGACAAAAUUAUCGACCUCCUGUGGAAUGGUCGAUUCGCAGUGGGUAAACCUUUUAUCCAAUACCGAAUUUUGAAGUCAACGCAAGAUGCUACGCUUGAUCUCUAUAUAAAAAUAGAUCAUGCCAUGUAUGAUGGCACCCUGCUUCGUAUAUUCGACGAUCAGUUCGUCGCUAUAGCUAGGAAUGAGGAACCACCACAGCCCACAGAGUUCACCGAGCUUAUAAAAUAUCAUUCCGCAAGUGACUCCGACAAAAUGCUCAAGUUCUGGGUGAAUCUACUCCAAGGAAACAAAUUUGAUUAUCUUAGCCAAUCCUUAGAACCAAAAGUUGGAGGAAUGCUCACCAGGGAUUUUGGAGUCGAGGUCAACGACUUCGCACACCGUACCGGAAUCACCAUACCCAUUGUAUUUCAGACAGUUUGGGGUUUACUUCUAGCGUUUCUAAGUAACAGCCAUGAUGUCACGUAUGACAACCUCCUAACCGGUCGCAACGUGAACCUUGACAAUCCGCAACGGAUCAAUGGCAACUGCGCUAAUUUCCUCCCUUUCCGAACUCAGUUCCAAAGGGAAAAAUCUCUUAGGACUCUCCUUCACGAUACGCAGACACUCCUCUGGGAGACCACUGAGAAUGGGAUGGUUGGCCUUGCAGAGAUCUACAAUGCUCUUGAUAUUGAUCGGAACAGAAGUGGUGCUAAGACCAUGUUCUGCUUCCAACCGUUCGAUCCCCCACCCAAAGCACUUGAUGCACACAUGCGUUGGAUCGUCAUGGGCGUGAGCCAGAACAGGAUGUUUUUCAACUACGCGCUCAUGUGCGAGGUAUUCAAGUCCCCGACAGGUUACAAAACGAAAUUCCAGUACGAUCCAAGAACGAUUGAUGAAGCUGCGGUUGAAAGAGCUGCAGAUACAUUUACAUCGAUUUUCAGUUUUAUUUUGAGAUGCACAGAGGAGAGCAGCGUCGGAGAUCUAAAUUUAAAACGAUCCAUCCUUUCCGAAAAUUCAACUGUAAUUUCGAUUGAUACUAUUCUGGACUUUGCGGAUUAUGAUGAAAAGGAAUAUAUGGCUUGUGGAUAA